AUGAGAGAUUGUGCUGGCGCCAGAAGCGGCAGUAGCAAUAGCCCAAUGGACAACAUCGAAGUAAGCGACAAUCUGUUCAGGUGCGACAGACAAUGCGACAGAUACGACGGGUCAUGCGACAGCCUGUGCGAGCGAUGGCGACACCCACACAGAGUAGCGACGACGGCAGCUGAGCCGUUGGAGUCGCUCGGCGACAAUCGCAUGGAGGCUGUCUCCGCAACGACAGACUUACCCGCCACCGUAACAUUAUUACGAUCAGCAGCCACGCCCUGGCAUUCCUCACCGCGGCUUGCCUCGUCGCAUUCCCCUUUGUCGCACGCCUCCUUGUCGCACGCCUCAUUGCCGCACGCGCCCUCGUCGCAGGCCACCGCCACGGUGAGCCAGCGCCCAACCGCACACGGCAGAGCAUGUCGCCGCGGCGGGCAACAACCCGCGCACUUCCCCCUCUCCCGCCUCCCCCUCCUCGUCCUCCUCCUACUCCUCUGCGACACUCCCCAUCUCUCCCCACCGUCGCUACCAUCAUCACCAUUCCAAACUCCGUCGUUGUCGCCGUCGCCAUGGUCGCGGGGGCCGUCGCGAGUGCUGGUGGCGCGCGCGCAGCAGGACUCGCCGCUGCUGGGGCAGGGCGUGGAUCCCGUGGCGGCGGGUGCGGCGCGCAACUGCACGCCCGUGUUCAUGAGCGCCGUGCUGCACAAGCUGCUCAAAGUCGACGAGAAGAGCUACAGCUUCGACGCCGUGGUGCUUCUCAUGAUGUCCUGGGUCGACUCGCGAGCGCCGCUCGUUUGGCGCGCCAUCCGCGGAGUGCGGGACGCGCGCCUGGCGGAGCAGCAGCACCGCGUGGCGGAGUGCGCGCGGCUGUCCGACCGCCUCGUGGGGACCAUGGGCGCGGACGCGUGGGGGGAGCAGAACGGCGCAGCAGCGGACCAAGCGCCGGGGUCGCAGGCGGCGCCGGGGGCGCAGGGGGCGCAGCGGAAGGGGGCUCCGCAAGGGGGAAAUGCGGCGGGAGCACCAACGGCGGAUGGGUCUAGCCCUGCGCCUGGUGCCGCGCCCGGUGUUGCCCCCAGCGCUGCUGCGCCCGCCAAUACCUCUUUUAAUACCUCUGCGUCUAGCAACGCCACCACCGCAAGCAGCAGCCGUGCCCGCGUUUCCCGAAUUCUGGCCGUAGCACCUACACCUGCAUCCGCACCCGCACCAGCGCCCACUGCGGGUGCUGCUGCCGCUGCCGCUCCUGGUGCGGCCAACGGCACAGCAGGCGCGGGGAACGGCACAGCAGGCGGGCCAGGGCAGGGCAGUGCGGCGGAUCAUGCGCCGGGUGCUGGUGGUGGUGCUGCUGGUGGUGGUGCUGGUGGCCCUGGCGGGGGCGGCCCUCCUCACAGUCUCAACGCCUCUGCUGUCGCUGAGCUGUGUGAAAGCGCCAUCACCAAGCCCGUGGUGCCGCCGUGCAGCAAGCCGUGUGCGCCGGGGUCGGAGCUGUGCUGUGAUGCCGUGUGGCUGCCGUCCUUCCACGUGCCCAACGUCAAUGCGUACUCGCAGGACCGCUACAUCACUGACGAGAUCCAGCAGUUCGCGCCUCUCACCAACCCCACCAUUGUGGGCCGCCAGGUCCGCGUGCAAGGUGAGCCGAGCCUAUUCUCAAGCGGUGCAGGGUCGCACGGGGCAGGGCAGGGCAGUGCCGGGCAAGCACCACCAGCACCACCAGCACCACCAGCACCACCAUUUCUAUCCCUGACAGGGCUUCCUCCCUUCCAUGCCCACUGUCGAGACGUCUCUAAGGUCUCCCGCCUCCCCUCCCUCCUCCCCGUUCAGCACUCGCUCACCUUGUCACUCAUCCCUGCAGCAACCGAUGCAAUUUCUAAGACGCAAAACCACUCCCUCUCUCCCUCCCUCCCUCUCUCCCUCUCUCUCUCCCUCCCUCCCUCUCUCCCUCUCUCUCUCCCUCCCUCUCUCCCUCCCUCUCUCCCUCCCUCUCUCCCUCCCUCUCUCCCUCUCUCCCUCUCUCCCUCUCUCCCUCUCUCCCUCCCCCCCGACCACCACCAGUCGCUCACCCUCUCCAUCACGCCAGCAGCAAUGGACUCCCCCCAAUCCGCGCGCUCCUGCUACUACCUGGUCUCCUCCCUCGUGGCACGCGAGGGCGCCAGCGCGCUAGCCAUGGUGGCCACCGGAGGGAACGGCGGGCCAGGCGCUUACACCACUGACGAGGUCACCGGGUGGUAUACCACCAAGGUGGAGCUCAGCUGCACGGGCGAUGCGGUUUUGAACAGGACGCGGAGUGUGACGGUGGUGGGGACAUGGGGAAAUCGAGCCACCUGCAAAACUUCAACCCUUGUGCGUGCGGCUGGCCCCUUCUCCCCUCCUCUCGUGCUCAUCGCCUCUCUCCCUCCCCCCUCACCCAACGUUUCUUUUCCCCAUAUUUAUCUGCCCUCCCAAAUCCUCUCUCCCCAUCCCUCCCCUUCUUCUUCUCUCUCUCCUCCUCACCAUUUGUCCCCACAGUCUUCCUUUCCGUCCAUCUCUCCCUUUUUCUCCCCCCACUCUCGGCCCACUGUUCUCCCAUCUCCCCUCCCCUCCCCCCCCCCACCAACUGCAGUCGACCCUGUGACCAGCAUCGUAGACGCAGCACGGUCAUUCAAAGGAGGAGGCGGAGGAGGAGCACCCAAGCAGCCACCACAGCAGGGGGGACAAGAAGACCAGGCGCUCGUGGGGGGGGGCGCGGGGGACUCUGCGAAGGACUCUCCUUUCGCGUCGACUGCUGCGCCGGGGGUUGGGGGAGGCGUGGCGAGUCUGGCUCCGGAGAUGGGCAUGGGCGUGGGGGGCAUGUAUGCGUCCACGUGCACGCUCACCAUUCAUGUGGAGCGCUACAGCUACUACUACCUCUGGACGAUCAUAUUCCCGACGAUGAUUACGGUGUGUCUGGCGUUUGCGGUGUUCUUCGCCACGCCCACGCAGCUGGACAUCCGCGUCAGCACCACCGUCACGCUCUUCCUCGCACUCAUUGCCGUGCAGUUCGUCAUCGAGGAGCAGCUACCCAAGACAUCGUACGUGACGGCAUUCGGGCAGCUGGUGCUGGUGUCCUAUGCCACCAUCGUGCUCGUCAUCCUCGAAUGCCUCUUCGUCUUCUACCUCACCUCCAUGGAGGAGGUGCGUUUCUUGCAGGGUAAGCUGCCUCACGACAAUGCAGACGGUGAUGACGACGACAACGAGGCUUCAGCAGCAGCAGCAGCAGCAGCAGCAGCAGCAGCAGCAGCAGCAGCAGUUCGUCAGCCGCUGGGAACGGUGGGGUCGAUGCGUCGAGCGCUGCUUGUGGCGAAUUGGACUUUGGUUCUACAGCCACCCGCCGUGGCGCCGGAAUCGGCAGAUCUUGGCAGCGUAUUGAUGCUGGGUGGAGGUGCAUCUGGUGGAGGUGGUUCUGGUUGUAGUGGUGGCAGCAGUAACCAAGGGCAAACGCAGACGAGCGCGCCCAGCAAUUGCGACGACGUCGCCAAGCCGGAACGCGCGAAAGUUGCUCAGUCGUCCAGCCUGGCGUCCACGUCGUCCACGUCGCCAGCAUCAUCGCCGGCAGAAGCCGGAUCUGACCGUGCGACGGAAUCUGUCGCUGGUGCAGCAGCGGCAGCAGCAGCAGCAGCAGCGGGUUCAAGGCUCGGAGGAGCACCUGAGGUGAUGGGGAGAGACGGAUCUGUGGACAAUAAGACGGCGUUAAGCAGCGGCGGCGGCGACGACGUGGGCCGACUCCCGCCAGCUGUUGCAAGAGCGGGCCCCGGUUAUGGACUGGGUGGUGAGACAGGAGAGGAAGGAUCGCGCGAUAGGGAGUUGGAGAUGCUAAGGGGAAUAGGCGGUGCGUCCAUGCAUCCGGGUUACGCUAUGACCGCUCAGGCGCGCGCACAGGCACAAGCCGCUGGGGCACAGGACGUGGAGCAAGCGGUGACGUGGCAGCUGGAGCAACUAGAUCUUGGAUCGGAUCUCAGAUCUCGUUUCGCACAGCGCGCCGCCGCAGCUUCCUCAUCCUCCCACGCUUCUUCCCUCGCCCACUUUCAAACCCGCUCUCCGCCUAUGCCUGAGGGAUCUGCCUAUCCUGUGCCGCAUGCUGUAACCGAGAGCGCCGGGUUUGGGGCUGCUUUUUCAGGCAAUCUUGGGGGGUUUGGAAGCGGAUUGGAGCUAGGGGGAAAUGAUAUGCGCGGAGGUCAUGGCGGAAGCAGGGGGCAGUACGGGGAGCCGUGGCUUAGCGGGCAGCAUGCUGAGACAGUCGGCAAUAGCAACGGCCGGUUUGAAGAUGGUCGGUUGGAUGGUGGGCGGUUGGAAGGUGGGCGGCUGGAAGGUGGGCGACGUUUCUUGGAAGGUGGGCGGCGUUUCUUGGAGGGUGAGGCAGGUUUUUCUGGCGCUAGUGCUGGUGGUAGCACCAUUGAUGGUGGUGGCGGAGGUCCGGGAGGCUUGAUGCGUGGGUUUUCCACUGGAGCCGACGUGUUUGGCUGGCCUGACAGGCAGGACAAGCCUAGUGCGGCAGCAGCGUCGGGGCAGCCAGAGAACCGGCGGCGCAUGGCACGGGGGCCGCGGAGUGAUGGGUCGGUAGAUCUGGAGCCUAUGUACACGGAGGAUCACCGCGUGUUGAAGGUAGAACGGUCGGAGGACGGGCGAGAGGCGUACGUGUGGGUGACGCUGCUGGCCGCGGGGUUUGUGAUUGGGUCCUCUGGGGCCGCUGCGCGUCAGAUCGGGCACGUGACAGGCGCGAUUGUGCAGUCGUGGACUGAGGCCGCGAGCGGGAUUGAUGGGAUGGAGGGAGAGGAGAUCCGACGGUUCAGGAUCCAGGGGAAGAAGGAGAAAGUGGAACGGGUGAUUAAUCUGAUCCAUGACGCGGUUGAUAAGCAACUGUCCCUUGAAGGCACCAUGUCGGCAACGCCCGGCACGUCUUCUGCCCCGCCCCUAUCGCUCCCAGUCAACCCGUCUUUUCUUGACGGGUCAGCAGCACUGCUCAACUGCCCCUGCCGCCCCUCCUCUGUGUGGUCUGGAGCAGCGCAGGCAGGCCAGCCCCUCGGCCAUGGUCCCAGCUGCCCUCGAGCAGCAGCAGGAGCAGCAGCAGCACCCGGGGGACCAGCAGCCGCGGCAGCAGCAGCGGCGGUGGCAGCUGCAGAAGCUGCUGCAGCUGGAGGCCUCAGGCCGUUUGCUGGGCUGCCUGGGAGCAGCAGCAGCGGUAGCAGCAGCAGCGGCGUGGGUGGUGGUGGCGGUAUAGGCGGCAGUAGCAGCAGCAGUGGAAUUGGGAGCGGGAGUGCGGGCAGUAGUGUGGGUUCCGGGGGCAGUGGCAGCAGCAGCAAGAAUAACAGCCCAAGCACGAAUGGCAGUAGUGGAUUGGGCAGCAGCAAUGCUGCUGGUGCUGCUGUUGCUGCAGUGGCAGGGGCGUUGAGUGGGGGGCUUUGCUGUGUGGUGUGCCAUGAGCUGCCUGUUGCCUUCAAGCUUCUGCCCUGCCACCAUGCCGUGCUGUGCCAGGUGUGCACCAAUUUCGUCGCCACGUGUCCAGUCUGUGGUGUGCCACCUCAGCGCACUGUGUCCAUAUACGACGCGCCUUCAGAAACCUCCCACUCUCGCUUUGCAUUCGCCAGUGGCCCUCCCAACCCGUCCGCCCCCUUGUCCCUCGCUGCCACACAUCCUCACUCACAUUCACACUCAUUCAUGAUUCAUGGGGGUGCUUUGCCAGGGGGGGAUCGGAUGGGAUCCAAUCAGCUGAUGGGGUCGAAGCUGAUGGGGUCUAAGACUCGGCGGCCCGGCGUGGUGCGGUGCCCGGUGGGGAUCGUCGCGCUCAUGUGCGUCGCCGCGUUCUUCAUGGGAAGCUUCUAUGGCAGCGGCAUCUUCGGGCGCGUGCCUGAUCUCAGAGCUCCCGCAAGAGCCGUCCCCACCUCCUUCACCAACCCCGCUCACCGCGGAAUUCGCCUGGAGCGCGCAGGGGACCACCGCGGGAGCUUGGACAGCGGAGCGGAAGGGGAGGGAGGCGCCGGUUGGAAGGGGAAGGGGGAGGGUGAGGGGGAGGUGGGGAACGGGGAGGGCAGCCAUGACUGGCUGGCGUUUGACCACGGCACGUCAGGCGAGAGCAGUGUUUCCAUGGUGCCAUUCCAGAUGAUAUCGUGGCAUCCUCGUGCAUACGUCUUUCCCCGCUUCGCCCCACGCCAUGUGUGUGAGAAUAUUCUUGCUGUCGCCUCCAAGCGCAUGGCCCCAUCCGGGCUGGCUCUCAGGCCAGGCGAGACUGAGGAUGGCACCCGGGAUAUCCGCACGAGCUCAGGGACUUUUCUUGCAGCCAACAUGGACCCAUCAGGCUCACUUGCUUGGGUGGAGCGCAAGAUGGCAGCAGUGACAGGCCUUCCUGUAAACCACGGGGAGUCGUUCAAUGUUCUGCGGUACGAGUUGGGGCAGCAUUACGACUCGCACAUGGACGUAUUUGAUCCCAAGGAGUAUGGCCCUCAAUCCAGCAAUCGAAUGGCCUCGUUCCUACUUUACCUUACAGACGUGGAAGAGGGUGGUGAAACCAUGUUUCCAUAUGAGGGUGGACGCAACAUGAAUAUUGGCUACAACUACAAGGACUGCAUUGGCCUGAAAGUGAAGCCACGGAUGGGUGAUGCUUUGCUGUUUUGGUCCAUUUACCCUAAUGGCACCAUUGAUCCGACUUCACUACACGGAAGCUGUCCAGUGGUGAAAGGUUCCAAGUGGGUGGCAACGAAGUGGAUUCGUGACAAGCCUUUUUCUUCAUAA